AUGUCCAAUUAAACUCUUAAUCAAACUACAAGUAAAUUCGUCAACGAUGAUGAAUAAUACAUCAAAUCAAACAGAAAAUACAAACUUUACAAAUGCUACUUAGAUCAUCAAUAAUACCAUAAUCUCAAAUAUAACAUCAAACCUUACUUAAACUUCAAUUCAAAAGUAGACAAUUGGUACGGCCACAAUUGGCACUUAACAAAAGCAACUAAAGUUUAUCUGAUAAUGGCAGGAGUAUUUGCAAUUAUAUACUGCUUGAUUAUAAUAUUUUUGCCUGACUAUUUCUCAUACAACGGUACAACAGCUAUUUUACUCACUUUAAAUUAUAUGUCAGUUAGCUUUCUGACUUACUCAAAAGAUGAAAAAAAAUAUUUAGAAAUUGAGACCUUCAUUGAUGAAAUGACUAAGGAGUAUGAUAUUCAUUACACCAAUAAUAAUCAAGUCAUCGAUUAUGUAUUUAAAAAAACACUUGAAACCAACUAGAUUAAAAACAAAAAGCUCAAAAUUUUCGCAGUAAUUGCAUAUUUCUUUACAUUAGGUAUCUAUGCACUAGUGAUAAUCAUAUUUGGAGCAAGUACCUAUAGAUUAGUCGGAGUUAUAAAUGUUAUUCUAGUUAUAAAUACAGAUUUUAUAAUUGCUUUCACUGAAAACUAUCGAAAACUUUUCAUUGAGAAAGAAAAAUUUAAGAGUUUAUUUUAUUUUAUCACUCGCUUAAUGUGCUGUUUUUUUGUAGACUACUGGCUUAGCAUGCAAUCAAUAAUUUUCUUCUUAAUUAGCAUUUUGAUGGCUAUAAGUUUGGUUGAUAAAUUACAAUAUCGAAACAAGAAAGUAGAUUUAGCUAAUCAAGAUGUCACUUUUCUAUAUGAGUUAUCCUAAGAUUUAAAGGACUAUGUAACGACUGAAAUUAAUGAGCUUAGACUUGAUUACCCAGAUGUUUUCAGCAUCUAAAAAAAUAUUUUCCAAUAGUUCUUAUCUGAGUUUUUGUAUGCUGGAUAUUUUUUUAUAUUUGUGAUCAUCACAAUAAUUUCAUCAAAAAAUGUAAAAGGAAUAAAUUUAUUCAACUUAGAUGAUGACUAAAAGAUUGGAUAAUGGGUCAUAUCAAUCUUAUCUAUUCUAUUUUCAAUUUAGUUUGGCUUAAUCUAUGCUUGGUUUCAAUAUUAUAAGGAAAACUAAUACAAAUUAUCAAUUAAACUGGGAAUAUCAUUGGCUAUUAUUGAAUCAGAGUCUAUAAUCCUGGGAAUUAUAUUUUAUGCUAUAGUUCAAGUUAAAAUUCAACUUAUCUGGACAUCUUUCAUAAUGAUCCCAUUGCUUAAUUCAAAUAGUCCUCUCUAAGAUCCCAAUUAAAAUAAUAAUCCAGAAUAGAAUCAAAUUCAAAAGAAUAUUGGCAAAAAACUAAUUUUAGACUUUAAUAACGAGAAAUUCUUCUCUUAACUCUGGGAUAUUUUAUCUUGUUAACAGAAGCCUUAGACUACUCAUGAUAAAUUCAUACUCUCCAUGACUCUCGCUAAUAUAAUCAUAAAUAUCAUUUUUAUGAUUAUAACUUCAAGUUCAUAUUCCCCUAAAUGGGUAGGAUUUACAAUUGGAGUAUGGAUAUUCAUUGUAGAACUAGCUAUUAUCAUUUUUAUAAAGUUUUAUUAGACAUACUAUCAAGCUACAUUUAUAAUUCAGAUAAGCGCAUUCUUUGCUAUUGCACUGUAUAUUUCAUGGAUUGUUGUAAUGGCAUUCGUUCUCAUUAUUAACUAUCGAAAGAAUACAUUAGUCAUGGUAGUGUAUUUUUUAGGAGUUUUCGGUAGUGUCUAUUUUUUCUUAUAUGGAUUGGCUACUUUUAAGUAUUGGAAACUUUAGGAUAAGACUAAAAUUACCUCUGGGAUAAAAAUCAUAUACAUUAUCUCUUAUUGCUUGAUAGCAGCAUUUGGAAUAGUUUUGAUAAUCUUUAAGUAUGGAGAAGUUUGGGGCCAUUUGAUGGUUGGCUCUACUCUUUUCCUUAUACUCAAACUCUACUUCCCUCUUGUCAAAAGGUAAGCUGAAAAUAAUCAAUAAUUUUAAACAUAGUAUGUGAAAAAUAAGGACAGAUAAUCGAGCACUAUUUUACUUUACAGCUAAACAUUAUUUCCAACUUUGAAAUUUGAUUUUAAUGUAAAGAAAAUGAAAAAAUCAAAUAAAGAGCUGAUUUAUUUUAUGAUAUCUGCUUUGAUAUUCUUCACCUGGAGUUUCCUAGCUGGUAUUCUACUUCGAGUUUAGGAUCGUUACAUUGGUAUAUCUUGCACUGCUCUUACAUUGCUUGUCACUUUCGCAUAUAGACUGAUGAAGUCAAAUUUACUUGAGAGAGAAAGAUACAAACUAGCUAAUGUAGAAUUUUUUCGAUCAUCGUUGGCGUUUGCUUUGAAACUUAAAACCCAGUGGAGAAAUAUCUGCAUGAAUAAGAAAUCACUUUAAGAUGAUGAGCAGUUAAUUAUUCUCUAAGAUACUGAGCAAAUAAGACCCUAGCUAGUUUAGCAUAUCUAAUGGGAGUACUAUUUUUAUUAAAAGACAUAGCAGAUUGAAGACACUUUCUUCUCUUAUUUAUUUUUCAGCACUAAAGUCUAUAAAAACACAGUAGAUAUGGAAGAUGAAAGAUUUGGAUUGCUUGAUAUUGAGUUUGAUAAUAGCGAUACUGAAGAGAAGAAAGUUGAUAUGAGACUCAAGCUAAAAAAUUUGUUGACCACUUAGGAUAAUAUGGUCUAGAAUUUAAUUAAUGUAUUCAAAUAAGAAUUUCCAGCUGAUGAAUCUAUCUAAGCAUUAAAUAUGAAAAAUUUUUAUGUUUAUCUUAAGGAUUCUGCAAAGAGAGAUUAAUUUGAGGCUUUCUUGAAAAAGUAUCUGGAAAUAAACCAAAAAAUAAAGAGGAAAAAAACUGAAUAAUUAGUUGAUGAUGAAGAGUAGGACAAAGAUAGGAGAGACGGAGUUAAUAACAUCUCACACAGUGACUCAGACAGUGAUUAUUAGAAAGAAAUAGAUAAAUCAUAAUUCAAAGACGACAAUAAUGUAAUUGGAAAGGAAGAUAUUGAUAAUAAGUAUAAGCAAGAUGAUGAUGCCAUUUAAUAAAAUGAUAUAAAACUUAUUCUGGAUAAGAUAGAGGAGGAGUUUGAGGAGAGACUAAAAUUGAUACAGGAGUAAGAGGAAAGAGAGAGAAUAUAGUAAAUGAUUGAAAUUCAGAGAAGAGAGGAGGAGGAUGCUGCGAAUAGAGUAAGGAACAGAAUGAUGGAGAUUUAGGAAUAAAUCGAGAUUGAAAGGAGAAUAUUUAUUGAGCAGCAAGAAAGAUUGAAAAUUGAAGAGCAGAUGAGAUACUUUGAAGAAUAGGAAAGGAUUCAGAGAUAAUAGUAGGAGGAGGAACAGAGAAUUAGGAGAUAGCAAAUUAAGGAGUAGAUGGAAAAUGAGGAGUAAGAAAGGUAAUGGCGCAUAAGAGAGGAGAAAGAAAGGUAAAGGAAAGAGGAGCAGGAAAGAAUUAAUAGAGAGACUGAGCAAUAAAUCAGAUUAAAACAAGAAGAGGAGAAGAGAUAAUUCGAAAUAGAGUAGGAACGUAAAAGACAAGAGUAAAAAUUUAAGCUUUAAGAAGAGGAAAGAAGAAGAGUCAAGGAAGAACUUGAAAGGAAAAAAAGGGAAUUUGAGGAUUAAAAGGAAAGACGAAGAUAGGAUUAAAUCAGGAAGAUGGAAGAGUAACGAAAAUAAAUGCUGGAAGAAUAGUAGAGGAAGAAGGAGGAAUUUGAAAGAAGAAGAAAGGAAAGAGAAUAAAAAAGAAAAGAACAAUUAGAUCAGGAGGAGAAGAAAAAAGAUGAAGAGAGAAAGUAAAGAUAAAGAGACUGGCUUAAAGAGGAGUAAGAAAGAAAGCAUAGAGAGGAUUAGAGAAAGAGAUAGCAAGAAGAAGAUAAAAGGAAAUAAGAAGAAGAACAUAGAAGGAGGUAGGAAUAGUAUAGAGAAGAGCAAGAAAGAAGGGCUGAAUAAGAGAGAUUAAUAAGAUUGCUCAAGCAAGAAGAAGAGGAGAGGUAGAGGCAAGAAAUGAUCAAGAACAACAUUAAUAGAAGAGAAGAAGACGACGAUGAAAAGUAAUUUUAAUUUGAAAGAGAAGAUAAUAAAAACGAUGUAAGUUUUGACUUGAGGAAUUAGGGUUAAGAUGAAGUUUAGCUAUUGAAUGAUGGCAAUAAAAUUUACUAACUACAUCAAAACAAGCAAAUAUUUACUGAUCCUGAAUUCGAUAAGAGAAAGGCAUUGGGCAAAGACACUCACAAAUAUCAAUGGACAAGAGUCAAAGAUAUAGAUUUAGAUUUCUAAAAUGAUGCUAUGUAAAGGGGUAAUGCAAACAGAUAACAAAGUAAAACAUGUGUUUUUGACGAUGGAGUAAGUGCUUGUGAUAUUCUUCAAGGAGGUCUUGGUGAUUGCUACCUACUAUCUGCAAUGAGUGUGAUUGCUCAUACGCAACCAAAAUUAAUGAGGAAAUUGUUUCACCCAAAGAGUUAAAUCUAUCAAGAAAAUGGACUCUAUGUGCUUAUGUUUUAUAGAAAUAGGUAGCCAGUGAUUAUCACGAUUGAUGAUUAUUUUCCUACUCAAAAUGUAAGAUAUUCCUUUUAAUUUCUCUAGAACAAACAUGCGUAUGUAAGAAUCAGUAAUAAAGAGGGAAACAAAGAAAUAUGGGCUAUGCUUAUUGAAAAAGCUUAUGCCAAGAUGUAUGGAAGUUAUCCUAAUAUUGAGGGAGGCUUAGUUGAUGCAGCAUUUGCAGAUCUUACUAAUGGAGCUCCUGAUAGAUAUGAUUUGAAAGAUUAGAGUGUCAAGAGAAUGAAUACUACAGGACAAUUUUGGGAAAAAUUGAAAUAAUGGAAUAGCAAAAACUAUUUAAUGGGUGCAGGGAGCCCUCAAGGUAGUGAUGCAGAUAUUUCUAGACUAGGAAUAGUUCAAGGUCAUGCUUAUAGUAUCUUAGAUGUAUUCGAGGUUGAAGGAAUUAAACUCUUACAAUUGAGAAAUCCCUGGGGAGAUAGAACAGAAUGGAAAGGAGCAUGGGGAGAUUCUUCUAAGGAAUGGACUGAAAGAAGAAAAAGGAUUAUCUACGAUAGGAUGAUGUAGAGAGGAGUGUAGCAGUCAGAUGUUGGGGAGAAUGAUGGCAUAUUCUGGAUGUCUCUGAGUGAUUUUUUCACCAACUUUGACUAGCUAUUUUUGUGUAGGUUCUUUGACGAUUCAUGGACUGAAAUUACAUACAGAUCUGAAUGGUCUACAAGGUUAGGUACUGCAGGAGGUUGCACAAACAAUCCAACUGUAGGUUAAAAUCCUCAACUUAAAUUAUUGGUGGAGGCAUAAGGAUAGGUUGAAAUAUUUAUGUUCCUCCAAAUGGAGUCUAAAUUUGGCGCUUAGGUUGAUAGAUAUGGCAUAGGAUUUGAAGUCUAUGAUUACCAAGGCAAAAAGAUUACAACUAAUCGAGGAUUACCCAAACCUAUCCUAGAGAAUUCUGGAGGCUAUUAAGUUGCAAGAGAUGUUUCAUUAGAUACUAAAAUAAAUGGGAAAAAUGUACCUUACACUCUGAUAAUGACAACUUACGAUAAGAAUCAGAAUGCAAAGUUUACUUUUACUCUUUGGUUUAAGCAUGGACAAGGCAAGGUGACUAUCUCUGAAUUUUGA